AGACGGUGAUGCUCACUCAGAUGCUCCAACUCUUCAACCAGCUGGUGCGGUGCAGCAGACAUUUUCUGCUGUCUUCUUCUCUGAGUUCUGUUGUGUUAAAUGGACAAUCUGGAGGGGGGCCUUGGAUCCAGUCUGCUGAGGAAGCUUUCCUCCAGGAAAUCUCACCAGCGCAACAACAGCCCUCACCCUCCAGGGGACCAUGAGCAGGGGGCAAGCGGAGAUGAUAGCAGUGCAGGCAGGCUCAGCCGCAGACUAUCUCGCCUGGGCAGCAGACAUCACUCCAGGGAUCCUCCAAGACCUCCAGUUCAGCUAGAAAGGCCUCCUGCUCCACCUGUUGAGCAAGAUGAGAGGCUUUCACCACCAGCCCUCGCUAUGCCUUCAGCUCCCCCUCCAGCACCAGCUCCUCUCCCAUUUGUCAUGGAUCGGCCACCCAAAAGACCGGACAAAUCCACGAAGCCCAAGCUCCCUUCUCGACCGCUCUCCAAGGUGUUCAGUAGCGAUGAACAUGGAUCAGCUGUGUUGCAGGGCUUUGAUACUUUCCGAGGAGAUGAGACUCUCUGUGAUGUUGUCUUGAUUUCUGGAGACAGCACAGAAGCUUUCCCAGUUCACAGAGUCAUCAUGGCUUCGUCCAGUGAUUAUUUUAAGGCAAUGUUCACAGGAGGCAUGAGGGAGCAGGAGAUGAGAGAGAUCAAGCUGCAUGGGGUCACUAAAACAGGCUUAAAGAACAUCAUAGAGUUUAUUUACACAUCCAAAGUCAGCCUUGACAUGGGCAACCUCCAGGACACGCUUGAAGCUGCAAACUUCUUGCAAGUCAUGCCUGUUCUGAGCUUCUGCAAUGAGCUUCUGAGCAGUGAGAUUACUAUUGAUAACUGUGUGGAAGUAGAGCGGAUUGCCACAGACCUGCUUCUUGAGGACGUUCUGGUGAAUAUAGGUAAGUUUGUGGGCCAGAACCUGACAGUGCUGGUGAACUCUGGACGCUACUUGCAGCUCUCUGAGACAAGCAUUGCCAAUGCUCUGUCCAGCAACUCACUGAAUGGUUUCUCAGAACUGGAGCUCUACCACAUCGCCAAAGGAUGGCUGGAGCACAAUCCUCCCUCACGUCACUCCUCUGUUUACGCCCUCAUGCGCCACAUUCGUUUCCCACUGAUGAGCCCCAAUGAGCUCAUUCAGAUCUCUCAGGAUGAGGAAGAGGAAAGCGACUCCAUGAUGCGCUCAGAUACCGCCUGUGUGAACCUCCUGCUGGAGGCCAGCAACUACCAGAUGAUGCCUUACAUGCAGCCUGCCCUGCAAACUGAGAGGACACAGAUUCGAUCAGACGCCACACACAUCCUGGCACUCGGUGGCGUGAUGCGACAACAGCUAGUGGUGAGUCGGGAGUUGAGGCUCUAUGAUGAGAACACCGGCCAUUGGAGAGCUCUGAAGCCUAUGGAGGUCCCACGUUAUCAGCACGGAGUGGCUCUUCUGGGUGGCUUCCUCUUCAUUGUUGGAGGUCAGAGCACGUACGACACAAAGGGGAAGACUGCCAUAGACAGUGCCUAUCGCUAUGAUCCACGCUUUGACAAAUGGCUUCAGAUUGCCUCUCUAAAUGAAAAAAGGACCUUUUUCCACCUCAGCGCUCUCAAGGGGAAACUGUAUGCUGUGGGAGGAAGGAACACCUUAGGGGAAAUUGACACCGUGGAGUGCUACAACCUCAAGAAAAAUGAGUGGACCUUUGUGACCCACAUGGUGGAGCCUCAUUACGGGCAUGCUGGAACAGUUCACGGGGGUCUCAUGUACAUCUCAGGGGGCAUCACACGUGACACCUUCCAGAAGGAGCUUUGGUGUUACAACCCAGUCGCUGACUCGUGGAGUCGACGGGCCGACAUGAUGGAGCUCCGUGGCCUGCACUGCAUGUGCACGGUUGGAGACAGACUCUACGUGAUGGGCGGCAAUCACUUCAGAGGCAGCAGCGACUACGACGACGUACUGGGAUGCGAAUACUACAGCCCAGACACGGACCAGUGGACACUGGUGGCCCCAAUGCCUCGAGGCCAGAGCGAUGUCGGCGUGACGGUUUUCCAUGAGCAGAUAUACGUGGUUGGGGGGUACUCUUGGAACAGCAGAUGCAUGAUUGACAUCGUGCAGCGGUAUGACCCAGAGCAGGACGUGUGGGACAGGGUAUUCAAUGUGUUGGAACCCCUGGGGGGGAUCCGGGCCUGCACAAUGACUGUUCAUCUGCCAGAGGGGUCGGUGGAUGAGGCUGAAAUACAAGAUUGCCCAUUACCCACAGCUAAAAGCUGCUAGCCACACACAGGGGGGGUUUCCAGCUUACACCGUGAUAACAGGAGCCCAAAACAGGAAGCUGUGUGGGUUGUACUUCACAAGUUUCAUGUGCAAAUAAGGCAACCCAGCAUUUGCAGUUUGACACUUUGACACACAUCUUCUUAUUUUCUGUCCUUACACAAACUAUUAGCCAUGUAGCAUCCUUCAUGCUCUGCUGCUUGUGCUCUUUCUAAGACUCAAUAAAGAUCAAACCAGACUGGAGUUGUUUCACUAGAUAAUGAAGAUCUCUGUUUUUCAGGUGAACCUUCUGUCAAACUAAUUUAUCUCUUUCCUGUCACCAAAGAAUGAUCCAGCAUAAAACUAACAUAAUCAAAUUAGCAAAUCUAACAACGGUAUUCUUUGUGAAACUCCAUUUCUCUCUAAGACAAGCUCUGAAGACUGAACAGAAUUAAAAUAGAAGUGAUGGUGUGUGAUUGCUGAAAAAGCCACAGAGAGGCUUGUUUGGAUUUUUGUAAGUGGAACUUUUGUAGCUCAGUCACGAGACAUCAACCCCUGCCAUGGCUACAACGACCACACAUAAUUUUUAUGUCCUGGCAGUAGAACGUCCUGUCCCUUCAUUAAUUAGGCCUGUGAGUUGAUCCCUGCUUUCACAAUGCUCUUCGGAUCUGUUGAAUUGUCAGAUUUUAUCAAAUAAUGUCCAGCUAAGAAGCUGAAAAGAUCCGGACUCCGGACGAAAUUAAGGAAAAGUAAAUGAAUGCUUUAGCAGUCUUGUUGCAUUAAGGCAGUAGAUCACUGUCAAGGCAGAUUUUUAUAUUUAUUCUCAAAUGUGUUAUGUAUCACAAAUGACUCACACAUACUCUAUAUGUUGCAAGCUAAUUCUGAUCUAAAGUCACACUAGCACCCCAACAAACACUUGCACACACUCCCUUGGCUGUCUGACGAUUUAACUACCCUUGAAACGUCAUCCUUCACCUCCAGAUAAGACAACAAACAGCUGUGAUUAUGGCUGCUAUGCCAAGGCCUUUUUAGCUGCAAUGCUGAAAUCGAGACUUCUACCUUGGAACCGAAAUAAGGUUUUUAUGGCAGAAAGAGUGAUCAAGGCCAAUUUGACACAUACUAAUGAAACUUGAUGCUUUAGGAAAAGUGACAUGUAAGCAGUACUAGUUUAUUAUGGUGACAUAGCAUUACAGACAAUGCAGACUAUUUCAGUAAAAGUACUGAAAUUAAAACUUUUUUACAGGAAUAUAGAGUACAACCAUUUACAAGACUAGUUUCAUGAUAAAAUCCUUACCUUGUGUUGCGUAAAGCAGAAAGCAAAUUCAUUGACAGGCUCAUGUUGGUUCUUCACCUUUUAAUAAUUAAACAUGGUGAUUAAUUUUAAAUGAAAAGAUUAAUAUUAAGUAAUUUCCUUUUAAUUAAAUUUCAUUUAUUUAGCCACUCUUGACAUACAGAUACAUCUGGACAAAUUAUGCAAUUGAAAAGUGAAUUUAUUACAGUUAUUCACUCCAAACAUAUCUAUAUACAGUCAUAUUCAAAAAAUUAGAAUGUGCGUUCUCAUGAGGCUCGUUUGUCGGAUUAAAAUUACCUUUUGAAAAUAACCUUCAAGCAAUUAAUAAGCAUACUUCUCAUUAAACCCACAUUUCUGUAUCUGUAUUAAAAAUGUUUUUAUUGGUCUGAUGUAAUAUUUUUAUCCUAAAUGUGGUGGUUCAUUUGGUGAAUUGAAGUACUGAAAUAAAUUAACUUUUGAAUAACUAA